AUGGGCUUCACGGCCGUGCUGCUGUCCUUCCUCCUGGUGUCUCUGAGCUGGUCCAGAGGAGCCGUCAUCACAGGGGCCUGUGAGAGAGAUGUGCAGUGCGGGUUUGGUCUUUGCUGUGCUGUCAGUCUGUGGCUGAGAGGGCUGAGGAUGUGCGUCCCAAGAGGCGUGGAAGGGGAUGAAUGCCAUCCCUUCAGCCACAAGGUGCCAUAUCCAGGGAAAAGGCAGCAUCACACCUGCCCCUGUGUCCCUCACUUGGUGUGCACCAGAUACGCUGAUAGCAAGUAUAGAUGUACUGAUGACUUCAAAAACAUGGACUUUUAA